UCUUUAAGUUGCUGUCUGCAGAUCUGAUGUGAUGGAAAGGGUUGCUACCAGAAGUCUUUCGUAAGACGAUAGCACAUCACUCCUUGAUCAUUUCUUGUCAUCGACAAUGUCGGUAUCCCAUCGAGAUGGCCACCCGCACCUUCGACCAGUUCUUUGACCUUCCCGUCGAGAUCCGGGACCAAAUCAUCUCCCACCUCUGCGUACUCCCAAACCCGAUCCAGAUUGGUCCCACAGAGUUCUCCGAGAUCCCCUUCCCGCACGACCUGCUCCUCUCUCACCCUCUUCUCUACGCCGCCGGCUCCGCCCUCUUCUAUGAACAGAACCGCUUCAUCCUCAACCUCCAAAACGGGCCCCGCGCCGCCGUCGAGCGCGCCAUCUGCGACGGCAGCCCCUGGCUCCUCGGCAACUCCCAGGCCCGCCGCCGCGUAAAGUACCUCGAGCUCUCGCCAGGCCGCCUGGGUAAUGUCUUCCAGACCCACGUCUCCCCGGCCGUGGCCGACAUGAUUCUGAACGGCUCCCUGCGGCAUCUCAGGCUCGUGCUAUAUCCGACGAGCGCCGACAAGAUCGUCUUUAACCAGAGUGCCGCCGACGCCCAGUCGCGGAGAGCCGCCAUCACGCGGCGCGAUGAUGCGUUUGCUCAUUCUAGGCCGUUUCAGGCUCUGUUGCGGCUGCUGGCUGAUCCGGACUUGGAGACGGCUGAUCUUUACGUUGAUCCCAUUCACCGCGACUUUUGGUGUGAAUUCCACGAGGGCGUGGCGUGUUGUAAGGGACAGAGGAAGGGACCGUGGCAACUUAUUCCGAUUGACUGGAGGAGGCUUGCCGCUAGUUACGGCCAGGAUCACGAACUCAGCAUCGUUCGGGUGGUGGUUUGAUUGCUCAGUGGCCUUGAGGGAAUUUUUAUUCUCAUGUCUGGGAAGUGUGUAGCGGCUAACACCGCGUGUAGUCUUUCAAAUGCAUUGGCAUCGCGGCGCAAGACGUCGUCAGCAAUCACAAGACUCGCCCAUUGACUCCAAUAUCAUCAGUCCCAUCAUUAGGCGCGAACUCCGUUCAAUAGAAUGUAGUCUGGCAAUAACAUCUCAAAGCUAUCUUGCUUACGGUACCUUGAAAACACUCAAAGGAGUUAUGCUUGCUGGAGCUUUCAACCAUUUGCACCAAACAGUCUAUAGUACAUCAACAGAAAUUUGAACCCAC